AUGACGUCCUACUCAGCGAUUGACUAUCUCUUGGACAAGGCCAACAUCCAUGACACUAUCACCAAGACGUUCCUCUACGUUGAUCUCCUACGCUGGGAGGACCUCGAGAAGGAAGCGUUCACUGACAACAUACGCGUGGAUUGUACCAGCCUGUUCGGUGCUGGAGAAGAGUCAGCAUAUGACGACGUAUGCUUUUUACCCCUACCCUACAUUCUUCCUAGCCAUAGCUCACCGAGGUACAGAUCGCUGCUUAUAGAUCUCCCCCAAUCUGGUUCUAUCCCAUCCCCGAUGGAAGCACAAGUUACGGCCAAUUUUUCUGUGACGCUCGUCCCGAAAGAUGGCGAGAAAGGACUUGUGCAGAAUGGGGGUCGCUACCACUCGGAGGUCUCGCGAAUUACCCCGUCGGAUGGAGGUAAUCCUUGGCGAAUCUCGAGCCUCAAAGCAGACGUGGUAUACUUUCUCGGCGGCAAGGAUUUCUACGAGGGUAGCAGCUAG